ACGUCCUGCAUGUAAUGAUACCUGGUGACCAGUAUCCUUGGCAUACAUUGAGAUAUUAUUUGAUCUUGGUCAAGUUCUAUAUAGUCUCCCGAACUUGUCUCACUUUUCGUGGAUUCGAGUAGGAACAACAUCGUUCAUCAAAUCCAUAAACGUUUACAGAAUGAGGACUAUCGCCGCCGCACUUGCGUUAGCAGCUACAGCUGCUAGCCACGCUACAUUCCAAGAAUUGUGGGUUGGUUCGGAAGACGAGGUGUCGACCUGCGCUAGACUCCCCGCCAACAAUAACCCGGUAACUAACGUGGCGUCAAAUGAUAUUCGUUGCAAUGUCGGUGGUACUACAGCUGCGGGCGCCAAAUGCAGUGUAGCUGCUGGCGAAUCUGUCACGGUGGAGAUGCAUCAACAGCCCGGCGACAGAGACUGCACGAAGGAAGCACUCGGUGGCAACCACUUCGGUCCCGUUAUGGUAUACAUGAGCAAAGUCGACGACGCCUCCUCGGCCGACGGAUCGUCAUCGUGGUUCAAGAUCUUCGAGGACGGCUACGACUCCGCCACCAAGACCUGGGGCAACGACAAGUUGAACAAGAACUGCGGCAAACAAGAAGUGACGAUUCCUGCCGACAUUGCUCCCGGAGACUACCUUCUACGUGCGGAAACGAUCGCCCUACACACGGCGUCUCAGGCAAACGGUGCCCAGUUCUACAUGACUUGCUACCAACUCACGGUUACUGGUGGAGGAUCCGCGAACCCAACCGGUGUCAAAUUCCCGGGCGCAUACAGCGCCAGCGACCCUGGGAUCAAGGUUGACAUCUGGGGCAACAGCUUUACGGAGUACACGAUCCCUGGCCCGCCUGUCUACUCCGGCUGAAUUCCUCCGAUGAUGUUAUCUGGAGUGUUAGAAUAGGGGAAGAGAGGAGCUAGGCGGUUGAGAAUUGUAUGUAUCGCCAUAUCGACGUAGUGCACAUAGUUAUCUAUCCAAUGAUCUACAGUAGAUUUGGAAUAUUA